AUGGCGUCGGUUUUACGCUGGGAUCUUAUCGGUGUGCUGCUGCUGUUGAUGGAGGCAUGUCUUCUCAGCGGAGCUUAUUUUACAGCGGAACAGAAGACAGAUCCAUGGUGGAGACUGGACUUAGAAGAUGUCUACUGCUUGAGAAAUGUCACCAUAUACAACAGACAAAACAAUGGUGCUGAAGUACGAGCUGGGUUGAAUCCAGAUCGCCUAUCAAACAGAAUGAUAGGAAAAGUCACACUUCAGCAAACCACCGAUAAAACGAGACCGAUUGAGAUAUCAGUGGACCCAGUGGUUAACGCCCGCUACGUCAGCGUGGAUCUACCUGGUACCAACAAGAUCCUGGCCAUGUGUGAGGUCGAGGUUGGAGAAUACGAAGAUAAAUAA